AGUUUGAUACGACGGUUUAGUUUAGAGAGUAGAUUCAGGCGAGGCGGUAAAAUUUCCCACCGUUUUCUCGUACCCUCGCUGUUAUUAAAUAGUCGGAGGACGUUUUUGCAUUCUAAAAAGAGAAAGGAACUUAACGAUGAAAAUAUUAUUUGAAGCGAACGCCGCCUCAAAUUCGCGUUAAAUAAAUUCUUAUCAUGGAAAUUUGUUAUCAGUAUUGACGUUAUAAUCAACGGAAGGUGUUUUCUAUGUACGUUUUAUAAAUAUUGUCGUAAGUGACGUCGGGAUGAAAUGUUCGACGGUUGUCAAACUGUAACGACAGGACCAAAGUGUAACGAAGUGGCUGAAAAGAUAGUGUCCUUGUUCGGUUGGAGGCAAACUUAUAAUGUGGAAAAAUUACAGAGGAACGUUCCGGGGAGAUCUACUACUAGGAUUUCUAUUACUAGACCUUCCAGCGAUAAUUCUAUCAAAAAGGGUUCCGAUUCCUGGGUCUCGGUUCACAAUUUGCAGUCUCACGGUGGUGGAAUCUUAGAUCCCGAUGAUAAAUUAAACGACGUGGCGGACGAUAGAGAACAAAUUUUAGCGAGUUUCGAAGAUGGAGAAGGCGCUCAUAUCCAUGGAGGAGGAGACGGAGCUAGCGGGAGUUCGGUUGGUACAGGAAGUCCCGAUAUUUUUCACGACGGUGAACAUAAAUACGGUCCAAACUACCCCCUUACUGACAUAGAAGUAACCGGCGAACAAAUAGCGAACGGUGUACCGGUUCUGCAGGUUCGUCGUGGCAGCGAACCCAGCUUGAAUCAACUUCCAACAGGUCCUCCCGUGCCUUCCGAACAUCCGAAACGUUGGAGCGCCGCCCCAUUGAUAUUAGAACCGCCGAGCUCGGGUUACGCAAGUCCUGAUUGGAUGGACGAUACCAGAGAAGAAGAAGAAGACCACGGGUUCAGGAAAAUAACCAGAGAUGGUAGCAAUCGAUUAUCGAUGCAGUUUUUGGGAGCGGACGGCGCUGGGUAUCGGUGGGCGGAGGCGGCUGAAAGAGCCGCCGUUUCCAGACAGCACAUAUCCGGUUCGCUUCCGAGAGAAUCGAGACGGAAAGAACCUUUGGGGCAAGCUAAUACCACCGCGGGAACGGACGGGGAAGAAAUCAUCGUGAUAAGAAACGAACCCGGACCGUUGGGGAUUCACGUUAUACCCGAUUAUGACAGUUUGGGAAGGGAGAAGGGUUUGUUGGUGAAGGGUAUCGAACCAGGAGGGAGGAUAGACAGGGACGGGAGAUUGGCUAUUUAUGAUAGAGUCGUCGAAAUCAACGGGGAGAAUUUAAUUAAUGUACCGUUUCAAAGGGUGCAAGAAAUUUUUAAACUGUCCCUAACCUCUCCGGAAUUAAGACUGAAAGUGAUAAAAACGUCUGGAUUGGAGGGUUUACGGAAACCGCCCCCGCCCGUUUACCCCGCUUAUCCCGACGAUAAAGAGAACGUUUCGAUGGUGGAAUGCGAACAAAAACGCCACCUUACAGAAAGUACGAACACUAAAGUGGCCACUGUGUCUCCUACAAAGAAAGUGCCGGCCAUUUCGAAAAAUCUCAAAGGGCUUUUGACUGCUAAUACAAGGAAAAUUGGGAAAAAAAUCGAGAUCGAAUUGACGAAAGGGGCGCACGGAUUGGGGUUCAGUAUUACGACGAGGGAUAACCCAGCCGGAGGAAAGUGUCCUAUUUACAUCAAAAAUAUCAACGCUGUGGGUCCUGCUAUAGAGGACGGUCGUCUCAAAAUAGGUGACAGACUACUGGAAGUAAACCACAAAGAAAUGACCGGAAAAACUCAAAGCGAAGCAGUGGCCCUAAUUAAAAGCCUACCGUUAGGUAGUAAAGUUAAAAUAGUAGUAUCCAGACAAGAAGACGUCGUCGUAGACAAUGUUCUACCAAGGAUAAUUGACGUGGAUUUAAAAGAAGUACGAGAAGAAGAUACGAUCGAAGAUAUACCGCCGAGCAUACCGCCGUUACCACAAAGUCAUAUACAAGCUUUACAAAACCGGAUUACUCCCGAAAAAGGAUCGGUAGCAAAAAUAAUUUCUCAAUUCCAGGAUAAUCCUUCGGAUCAAAUCGACGAAACUAUGGUUUUCCCUUGGAAACAUCGCGAGAUUCUAACGUUCAAUAUACCAGUUCACGAUUCUGAAAAAGCCGGUUUGGGGAUAAGCGUCAAAGGAAAAACCAGCGGUACCAAAGAUCUGGGGAUAUUCAUCAAGGGUGUUAUGUUCGGCGGGGCGGCUUCUAGGGACAACAGAUUACGUACCAAUGAUCAAUUGCUUAACGUUAACGGGAUUUCGUUGUUGCAACAGACGAAUAGCGACGCGAUGGAAACUUUGAAGAACGCCAUACCGCAUACGGAAGGACCCGUACCCGGACAUAUCACGUUGACGAUAGCGAGGAAAGUGGAAUCGCCGAUUACCGGCUCGAGGAAAAAUUCCGUGGAUAAUAUUUUGAAUACUUCCGGUGGGGAUUCGCAGGAGAAAAGCGAUAAUUCGGUGAAUAAUUCCGGUGAUUCUGCUGAUACGGUUAUUUUUAAUCCGCAUGGUGGAAUGGGGAAUAUUUCUGAGGGUAAAUCGCAAAUUAAUACCAACGGACAUGUUAGUCCGUUAAGUCCCAUGCAUACUUGGAAUCCGGUGUUGGAAAGAUUGACGGGAAAUGGAAAAUUCCAACAACAACAAUUGAGAAACGAAAGUUAUUACAAGGCUACUCACGAUACUUGGUCUAGUAGCAUGCUUGGAAAUAACUCAUUCGGCAACAUGUCCAGCGCUACGGUGAACGUGGCAACUGCGGAACCGAUUCUCAUCGAAGACGAAUACGGUUCCAGGGUAUUGCCGCAUCCGCAAAAGAUAAACGUUCACGUGACGAACAAAAUUCCGGAAAAUCGCGUCGACGAAGACACUAAAACGAAUUUAUCGGGAAGUAACGGUGAUAGAAGUACGGAUACGUCUUCGCAAACCACCGUACAGUGUACGGACGCCACGUACGCCAGUCAAUUAUCUUUAGAAAAUCCCCAAGGAUUUUCUAGGGACGCUUUCGGUAGGCAGAGUAUGUCCGAAAAGAGACACGCCACUUUGGACGCUAAAAAUACCGAUACUUAUCAAAAAUCGAAGAAAUUGAGGGAGGAAAGGAAAAAGGAGAAACCCGGUUUAGUUCGAGUAGGUUCGGUGGAGUCUGUCAUUAGUGUAAACAGGUCUUCAGAACAUCCCGAAUAUGCCGAUAAAUUGGGUCAAUUAGGACCGAGUCUCGGUAUGAAAAAAUCAUCUAGUUUGGAAUCGUUACAAACCAUGGUACAAGAGAUACAAAUGCAAGAAGAAGGCGAUCCCGCUUACAGUUACAGAGGCCCUAACGGGGCUCUAAAAGUUAUCCGAGGUAGGGGAUGCGAAGAAAGUUUCAGAGCAGCCGUAGUCGAUCCUAAUCAUCGUAGCGAAAUAGGUGCCAAAAAACAUUGGUUAUUAGACGGCCCUAUGGAAAACGAACGCGAAAUAGACGGUUUCACAAAUAGCAGAGGAGCGCCCAGACAAUCGUCCUUGAACGCGACCAUCGACACCAAAAAUAAAUCAGCCAAGAAGAAACAGGGAAUAUUCAAAGGAAUAGGAUCGAUGUUUAGAUUUGGUAAGCACCGAAAACUCGAUUUCCAACCGGCGGAACCGGUCCAACAUUACAACACCGCCGAUUUCGAUACGGCGGUGGCGGUUACACCCCAACAGGAACCCGAUAACAAAAGUCAGAGUAGUCAAAGCGAAAGGUCGCAAGAAACGACGCAAAAACCGUCGAAUACUCCCAAUCCCUCCACAUCCCAUCAAUCUCAAGGAUCGUAUCAUCUGUCGCAGGGUUCUCAACAUUCUCAAAAUACCAUGUACCAAAAUUCCCAUAACAAUUCGCAAAGUUCGCAUCAUUCCACGCAUCAUAACGUUCAACAACCACCACAGAAUCGUUCGUCGCCUACUGCCAAUCAUGUACAACAACCCUUAGGACAAGGGCAAAAUUUAAGGGAGCAAUUGUAUCAGCGACACGGUUAUUUACAUAGACACGCUGAACAAGUACAGGUGAUACCCGAAAAUACCGUAGCCCCUUCGAUAAAAUACCGACAAAAUUCAUCGGAACACCGUCACCGUCACGAAAGGGAUUUACACAAACAGAGAACGACACACAGACACACUUAUUACCAAACUGAAGAUAGAGACGUUUACGAUCAGAGACAUCAACAGAGAUUGGAACAACCGAUAAAUUCGUACGUCGAAUACGGACGACCGGGAAGUAGAUCUGGAAUUACGGAUUCGGUUCCUUUUACGCAUUAUGUUAAUUAUAACGAACUGCAGAAUCAUAUCAGCCGCAAUAAAGACCCCCUAUCUGAUAGUCAGAUAGUACAGAUGCGUCUUCAGGUGCAACAGCAAAGAUUAAAGGUGGAGGAGGAAAGCCGGAAACAACAUCAAUACCACUCGCAACGUCAGACACGAACCGACAACCAACUACGUCCGGUAUCCAACUAUUACGAAUAUGAAAGCAUACAAUCGAUUCUGAAUAGCGGUCGAUCGCGACAAAACGCAUCACAAACGUCAAAUCACCAACCAUCCGUUUACCAACCCGACAUCAAUUCGAAUUCGCUACCGAGGAAUCAACCGAUUCAAGGUAGACAUCCCACUUCCGGUAGAGGGAGGGGACCUUUCGUGACGCAAGUCACGAUAGGCGAUCAUCAUCAAAGCGGGACGAAAGUGUAAUUUCUUCUUUUUUAUUAGAAGACUCGAUUCCAUAUACAAAAUUAUUCACAACGUGUAUUUUUCUGUGGAUUUUUUUGUUGUAUUAUAAAUUUAUAUCAAAUAAACAUUCGAAAAUACUGUAUUUAUAAAUGAUUUCGAAUAUUUAUUCACAAUAUUAUCAUUUCGUAUAAUUUUGAAUCACCUCAUAUUACCUUAUUAUGUGCUCAUAAUUUUUUUAAAAAUUCGGCUAUUGCCACUAUUUAAUUUAAUUAUAUAUCUGAUUUUAUUAU